GCCCGGCGGAGCGGAAGCUCGACGUGAGGGCGAGCAGCAGCCGCGGCAUGGCGGGGAGCGCCGGGCUAGCGUGGCGCCGUGGACGGCAGUGCUUGUCCCCCGCCCGCAAGCGGCUGAAACCGCUGCGAACUGUGGUGGCGUGGAGGGGAAGGGCGGAGUGGGACCAGGUGAUGGUGGGGCUGUACUGCGGGGACAGCCGGCUGCAGCAGGAGGCGCUGGAUCGGGUGUCGGCCUGGAAGAGCCGGUAUGGCCCUAAAAUGCCUCUUGCAGUGGACUGCACUGCUGAACUGAUUCGUUGCAAGGUCCUGGAUUCAUCUGGCAGACUGAGGUCACAUGAGCUCAUCCUCUCAUAUGGCCUAGCUCUUGUAAGAUUUGUCAACUUGAUCACAGAAAGAAAACAGAAAAUGGUCAGCAUUCCUCUGAGACAAUUAGCCAUAGAGGUGGAUAUCCCCAUCUGGGUUGUGGAUCUCCGUCAUGAGCUGACUCAUGGGAAGCUCCCCCGCCUGGCUCUAUGCCGCAAGGGUUGUGAUGUUGUGCUGGACUGGCUACGAAAGACCUAUUGGAGCCGUCAAUUGGGCAAUAAUUUGUGUGAGGAAAGUGAAGAGGAGGAUGAGGAAGAGGAGCAGGAAGAGAUGGAAGCAAACACAGAGUUAGACAGUGACGCGUGGGAGGUUCAAACCCCACAGCAUGAGGUCUGUCAGAAACACAAGGAAUUCCAUGAAAAAGUCAGAGAUGUGUUGAUAUCCUACAAAAAUGAGCAGUUUCGGGUUAUGCAGACAGUCCAGUCUGUUUCAAAAUCUCGAGAACUGUGGUCUAAUUCUUCUUCAGAAGUGGACUGGAUUCUGGCUCAGAUCAAAGACUUAAUGCAGGAGAACAGGGAAACAGUGGCUGAAGUUCUUCUCAGCGAUGGUUUUCUCAUUCCAACAGUGGAUUGUCUGAAGAUGUUAAAUAUAAAGUAUGAAGCAAAUAAAGAGGUAUGGCAAUUCAAAAUUCCUCAGACAUUUUACUGCUUCUGGCAGCCCUUGCUGACGAGCAUCCUUUCCCGAAGUUUUACACAAACCCUAAUAGACAAAAUGUUUAUGAAGUUGAAGGAGUGUUCUGACUCUUCAGAACUCCAGUCUCAAUUCCUGAUCAACUGGAUUUCUGAGAUGCUGACUAGCAUUGCUAGAGUUAACAGUGGGAAGAAAAGACGUCGCUGUAACAAACGAGCAUACAUGAAGGAAUUGUUCCUUCAAAAAGUUCCUUUGCAGUGGGUAAGACUGACUGAUAACUGCUUGGAAGCUCCCUGCUGGGCAACCCCCCACCUCCUUCAGCUGAUCCUCACAAGCAUGAGACCUCGUUUGCCACGUUCUUCACGAAAGAACCUUCUCUAUCUCACAUCCAUUUACACGGAAGGAGGCAGCCCUUUGUCCACUCCAGGCCUCUCUUCAGACUGCAGUGAACAGCCAGUUUACACUAUAGAGAGCCUACAGUGGAGGGCUAGGCUAGAAAAUCAGGUUAAAAAUGAAGGUCAGACUGUAGAGAAACAAGAAGAUGUACAAGAGAGAGAUGAUGGUGUAGAAGAGGUAGAGGAGGAGGAAGAAGAGAUAACUGAAACAAAUUCUUUGGAAAGACUUGCUCAUUCUAAUAACAUUGUGGCAAUUGCUGAGAAAAAGGCAGAGUUGCAAGGGUCUGCCUGGCAGAUUACUGCAGAUGAAGUGCAAUGGAAAGACUUUCCUCUUGGGAAACUCCCAGGUCAGACUGAUGACCCUGAUGGUCUCAUGUUGGAUAAUUAUUCCAUGAUGUCUCUGCUUGAUCAGCCAGUGAGAGAUGAGUGGAAGUCUUCCACUACAAACUCUGCAGAAUUGAAUAUUCCUGUGACAGGAGGAUUAUUAUGGACCCAGAAUGACUUCCAUAAAAUAAAAAGUGGCCUUCAACUUUUCUAAGACAGUAAAUUACUCUGCAGCUUUCAGUAUUGCACAAGAUAAGUGACAUAGAGGAACUUGUAAUGGUGAUAGGGAAGUAGCCACUCCAGGACUUUUUUUUUUCCGUGAGGAUUUAUUACUUUUUACCGUAUAAAAUCACAAUUUUGGAAACAUGUUGUAAGUUCUAUUUGUAGUAGCUAUUGUCUGCUUGACCACUGUCAAGAGCUUUUAGCUCUAGCUGAUAUUUGUGAAAUACAGUUAGAAUACUUUGGAAUCCCUUUGUGUAAUUUUUUGUCAUGGUUAAUAAAUAUCACUAGUGGAAGGCAAACAUUCUUUCUGGAUGCUGUUUCUAUUUUGGAUAUUCUGGAAAAGGUCCUCUGGUUCUCACUGGCCAUACUACUGAGAGCCCUUCCCUUUCGGAGACACCAAUAUUGUCAUUUAUGAGUUUGGAUUAUUUAGCCAGCAUGAGGUCAUGCUACGAUUUUCAUCUAGCUAGGAUUUCAAAUGAAGGUAAGUUUUUUGAUGUUAUUUCCAUUCACAGUUUCACUGAGUUUGACAAGUCUGUUGUCUUCGCUGCAAAGCUAGCAUGAUUAGCUAGACUAGCUAGUAUGCAGAAAUGGACUUGGUUGCUAUUUUAGAUGAGAACAAGCACUUGGACCUUUUCUUUUCCUAAGUUCAGUUUUCUUUACCUGUAUUAAACAUUCUUGUAACUUAGCAGCUUCUACAAUUACCUGUCAACUACCUUAGGAGUUCAAGCAUGUUAAUUUCAAAACUUCUCUGUAAUAAUUUGUUGGAUUGUAUCUUCUAGGGGUUAAGACAGAGCUUUUCUCUGAGUCAGUCUAAUAAACGGAAUAACUAAGCGGAAAUAGGAGAACGUCAGUGUAGCAUUGUGAAAUGGCAUCUUUUUAAUUCUGUAUAGUUACUGUUCUCAUUAUGUGCUAAUAUAGUCAUUAAAUGCUAUUUAUGCUAUUAAAAAGAUAUUAAAAAGAACAUACCGAUUUAGCAGUAUGUUGGCCAGGAUUAAAUUACAAGUUUAGAUCAGUAUGUUACCUUGGACGCCUUGGGCUGGCUUUCAAGUAAAGGCUUACCUCAGUGUCCUUAAUGUGUUUUUUUUUUUUAUUAUUCUCACUUUUUAUCCAUCUUAUUCCAGUUACUGUCUCUACCACACAGUGAAAAAUUAUUUACGAUGGAAGAUAUGUUGUUUAAGAACUGGUUCUUUACAGUGCAAAGAAACCCAAACUUCUUUCUGUUGUGGGGGAUUUCUCAUGUAAGCCCUUCCCUCAUUGUAGUGUUUUUUGUUAAUUUGCUCUUAGUUACUUGUGGAACCCAAUAGUUCUGUAAGCUUACUUAGGAAAUAUUCAGUGAAUACAAAGGGAUUUUUUUAUCUUUUAUUACUGUAUUCAGUAGAGUAUUAAAUUACUGUAGUUGGCUCUUCUGAAGUCUGUCAGUACAUGUGUAACAGUUCAGAAAGAAAAGUGCUAUGCUGGCAAAUAUUGUGCUAUAUGUGACCUUUUUCCCCCUUCGGUAAAAGUUUACUCUAUUAAAAUUAUGUCCUAGUAUGGUUUCUUUGCCAACUGUAGUCACUGCCUUGUGUGUCUGCCAUCACCCUCCUUAGUGAAUUAUGGAAUAAAAAUCCUGGGCUUUGAUCAAACUACAGAGUCAAAUAAAAUAGCUAAAUCCA